UCUUCGCUUUAAAUCCUCACCCAGCUCACACUCCACCACCCUUUCUAAAAGAAACAAAGCGAAGAAAGGAAUUUCCACAAAAACCCAUGUCCAAAAAGGUAAUUUGGAGUUGGAGAUCUGUUCUUGUCGGAGCAGCCUCGGCCAUGGCGGCGUCCGCUUUCAUCAGCGCCAAACCAAGGGACCCAACUUUCCACCUCAUCUCCAUCAAACUCACUUCCUUCAAGAUCAACCUCUCAAACAUCAACGCCGACCUAAUCCUCAUCGUCCAUGUCACCAACCCCAACAUCACCCCCAUCCAUUACUCCUCCACCACCAUGUCCAUCUUCUACGACGGCUCCUUCCUCGGCUCCGCUCACGUGCAAGCCGGCUCGCAGCCGCCGCGGUCUUGUCGGGUUCUGGAGUUGCCGGCUCGGCUGGACGGGGUGGAGUUGGCUCACCACGCUGGUAAGUUCUUCGCUGACGUGGCGAAAAGAGAAAUGGUGCUGGAUGCUAAGGUGGAAAUCAGCGGUACGGCUAAGGUGGUAUGGUGGGAUCAUAGAUUUAAGGUACACGUGGAGUGUCAUGUUACGGUUGAUCCCAUUUUUCUUGAUGUGAUUGAUCAAGAAAAUAAUUCCCAGCUGGAGAUUUUCACUUCUUCAUAAUUAGUUUCUCUGCUUUUGAUUUAUAGUAAUUUUGUUUUGUUUUUUUUUUUGUGCAUAAAAUUACGUCAAGUUCUGUUUUCGAAGCAUAUGCACUGAAAAAACCAAACUUUGGGAAUUAAAUAAUGAAAUUCUUACAA